GCGGCGCGGCGCUGCGCUCCGCUGCGCGGCCAAGAUGGCGUCCUCCGGUUUAUGGCGUGCGGCCUUGUGGCUGCUCUGCGUCUCUGAUCUGCUACUGUUGCUGCUGCUUCCUCCUCCGGGAUCCUGCGCCGCCGAGAGCCGGGCCGGUACGCCCGGCGAUGCUGCUCCUCCUCCGCGGAAGAAGAAGGACAUUCGAGAUUACAACGAUGCGGACAUGGCGCGUCUUCUGGAGCAGUGGGAGAAAGAUGACGACAUAGAAGAAGGAGAUCUCCCAGAGCACAAGCGACCCUCAGCACCUGUCGACUUCUCACAGAUAGACCCUGGCAAGCCAGAAAGUAUAUUAAAGAUGACGAAAAAAGGGAAGACUCUGAUGAUGUUUGUCACUGUAUCAGGGAGCCCCACUGAAAAGGAGACAGAGGAGAUCACCAGCCUGUGGCAGGGCAGUCUGUUCAAUGCCAACUACGAUGUCCAGAGGUUCAUCGUGGGAUCAGACCGUGCUAUCUUCAUGCUUCGUGAUGGGAGCUAUGCCUGGGAGAUCAAGGACUUUUUGGUCAGUCAAGACAGAUGUGCUGAUGUCACUCUGGAGGGACAGGUAUACCCUGGCAAAGGAGGAGGAAGCAAAGAGAAAAAUAAGACAAAACAAGAAAAGGGUAAAAAGAAAAAGGAAGGAGAUCCAAAACCUCGGGCUUCCAAGGAAGGCAAUCGAGCUGGAAACAAACGAGAAGACCUUUAAUGGAGCACUUGCACUCCAAGGAGGAGCUGAUAAGACACGGAGACCUUGCCAUGUCAUGGGCAGGACUGGGUGCAGGGAACUGCAUAUUGAAUGACAUCCUUAUUUCUUCUAAAAAGGGUCUGCCACUUGAUCAGUGUGUGGUCAGUAUAAGAAUUACUAUUCUAAAGGCUUCCAGUAUAAGGACAAAGUUUUUCUAAUAAUUGUGGACACUGACAGAUUUAUGUUUACUGUAAAAUCACUUUCUGUGGAAACUUGACCUUGUUGCUUUUUCCCACAUAAAGCUGGGGCAUCAUUGACUCCAAAGGAGCCAUACCCUUUCAUAGCAUCUGCUCUGAUCCGGUGACCUGAUGUGUCCAUGCUUCUGAUUUUCUAUCAGCCAGAAAGAUGGCAGGUUCAAAUCAGACAAGUCAUGAAAAUACUUAGUUGAGUCAAACUGUUCAUGCUGCAGUCAUUAUUUUCAUUGCAGCAAAGGCAGAACGUGCUGUGGGAGCCAGAUAGCCAGUUCUAGACAUACAACUAGGAACCCAAUCCACGCAGGAAAUGCAGAGAACAGAAACAAUGCCACUUGGAAGUCCUAAGUAGUUAUCUUUCUUUGACUGGCUUGCUCUCAGCAGUUGAAAAGAACUCUUGCUAUCUGUCAGUUUUUUUUGUGGUUGUAAAGUAAGGGGAAUCUGUUCUGUUUUCUUAGCUACAGAAGAAUGAGGCUGGUGUAGAGGGCUCGUGUUCUGCUGACAGUUAUGUGUGUAUGAGUUAGGACCAGCCGAGUCCUUUGCAGGGUGGGGCAGAAGACUUGACCUCAUUGACAGUAUUUCUAAACAUUUUUCUUUGAUAAAGUGCCUAAACUUGUGGUUGAUGUGCUACUGUUCAUGUCUAGCUAUUUUGCCAUUCAUAUGUUGAAGCCUACUUGAAAGAAGAGUUAGAACAUUUAUAUACAGAUAUCAUUUUUAAGAACUAAAAUUCUUUGGGGGGAAAAGCCUCAGUUGUGAUUUUAAGGAAUUUAAACUAGCACAUAUACAUCCUUAGAAAUGUCACUGUUAAAGAUUGGUACAAAGUGCAAAGUACAUCUCUACCCUGCUGCCAGUAACUUGUCCCUAGUGGAGCUACUGUUAAUUUGUUUCCAAAAAGAAAAAGUAUGUUUCCCA